AUGGGUGAUUAUCCUAAAGCACUUUCUUAUUAUGAGAAAGAUCUUGAAAUCAGUCGACAAUCACUUCCUCCCAAUCAUCCUGAUUUGGCUUCUUCCUACAACAAUAUUGGUUUAGUGUAUGAAAAUAUGGGUAAUUACUCAAAAGCCCGUACAUAUUAUGAACGUGCUAUACAAAUUGGAGAACAAUCAUUACCUUCAAACCAUCCAACUCUGCAGCAACGAAGAAAGAACCUUGAACGUGUGAAAAACAAAUAA